UGGUUGGUUGUUUACUAUGAUGACUCACCAUUGGUCAAGAUUAAGGCCAAACAUUAGGGCAGGCCAAUCAGACGCAAGAUAGGGCGGGUCAUGGAACCAGAACGUGAAAUCACAAUUGGAGAAGAGAAGAAUAUUGAUUUAUAUAUGUUGUGGAGUUUGUAAACAACGAAACAGGAGACGUGAGCGUAGUCGAGGAAGUUUACUAGCUCCAACCUAGCAUGUCAUACAUUCGACAACAACAACGACCUCUCAACCCGGAAGCGGAAGUUGCUAACUCCCGCUCCGCUUCUUCUCUUAAAGCUACAGUGUCCUCUUAGGUGAAUGUCUCUCAUUAUAUGGUUUGGGUCACCACAAUGUACACCAUUACUGCAACCACCCGCCUGUCACAACCAGGAACAUAUAUACAUGCAGAGGUGUGGACUCGAGUCACAUGACUUGGACUCGAGUCAGACUCGAGCCAUGAAUUUGAUGACUUUAGACUCGACUUGACAAAAUGUAAAGAGACUUGCAACUCGACUUAGACUUUAACAUCAAUGACUUGUGACUUCACUUGGACUUGAGCCUUUUGACUUGACAUGACUUGCUACUUUCCCCAAAACCCAAAGCUUAGAAAGUUAUUUGGGAGCGCUCCGUAUCUUUCAUUUUGUACGUGUCUGUCUGUCUAUCAGUGUGUGUGCUGCCUGUCAGCUGGUGCGCUGUCAGUACAACAGCCAAUCAAAUUAGUUAUACGUUGUUUUCAUCACACAGCAUUCAUCCAAUCAAAUUGCAGGACAACCACCGAACAUGAGUUGUCAAACAAUGCGGCAGAGAGAAACAAUCAUGCCGAAGUUGGUUUCGUUCGGGUAUAAAAACUACGACUUGGUCAACAAAAAACGAAUUGCGUAUGCAAAUCACGCAGUUCGAAUAUUACAGACGGAGACGCAACAACUUCCAACUUCGUUCGACAUUUGAAGUUGCACAAAGAAGGAAGUGUGGACCAGCUGAGUGUUUAUAUACAUCUUCAAAGAUGGAAGGAAUAUGGGCCAGGAAGGACUGAAGAGCAGCACUUGUUGGUGAGAAGGACUGAAGAGCAAGAAGGUGUGUGAGAAGGACUGAAGAGCAGCACUUGUUGGUGACAAGGACUGAAGAGAGGAAGGUGUGUGAGAAGAACUGAAGAGCAGCACUUGUUGGUGAGAAGGACUGAAGAGAGGAAGGUGUGUGAGAAGGACUGAAGAGAGGAAGGUGUGUGAGAAGGACUGAAGAGAGGAAGGUGUGGUGAAGGUAUCCUCUUAUCCCAUUAGAGGGUUAAGUCUACUUUUGGCUCCUGCCAAGAUCAAGAGGAUUAUGAAGUUCCUGGCUCAGUCAGUCCUGUUGGGUCUCUCCUGAGAAAUGGGCGCCCAUGGUUCCAACCUGGAAGACAUCCUGGACGAGGACAUGCACCACUGGUACACCAAGUUCAUGAAGGAGUCUCCCUCGGGCCUCAUCACGCUCUUUGAGCUCAAGACCAUGCUGGACAUGACCGGCAUGACGCAGGAGGCCAGCGGCUACGUGGACCAGGUCUUCUUCACCUUCGACAUGGACGGGGACGGCUACAUCAACUUUGUGGAGUACAUCGCCGCCAUCAGUCUCCUGCUCAAAGGAGAAGUCAACCAGAAGCUCAAGUGGUACUUCAAGCUCUUCGACCAGGACGGCAACGGCAAAAUAGACAAGGACGAGAUGGAGACCAUCUUUAAGGCCAUACAAGACAUCACCAGGAUCUACGACAUUCCUCCUGAACAAAUCGUCACGCUCAUAUACGAAAAGAUCGACGUGAACGGAGAAGGAGAGUUAAAGCCUCCCGCUGUGUGUCCUAGGAGAGUUGACCUUGGAGGAGUUCAUCAGUGGCGCCAGGCAGCACGCUGACAUCAUGGAGAUGCUUACCAAGAUGAUGGACCUCACCCACGUGCUGGAGAUCAUCAUCAUGGGACAGCAGAAUCACAGCUUGGCCACAAAGUGACACACACCUUCUGUCGCAGGACGGACACGUCGCCGUGGAAACUUUCUGGCUGACGGCGGUCUUGUGGAGCUUCUUGGGCCACAAGGGGAAGACAAGAUGCCUGCCGGGUUGGACGUUAUGCAACCAAAACACACGUUGAAGAUGGCAGGUGUUCCAAAGUCUCCUGGAUGGUGUUGCUACACUUCAAUAUUGACAUCAUGGAUGGUGUCGCUACACUUCAGUAUUGACAUCAUGUGUUUGUAGCCUGAUGAUGUGACACAAGAUGGCAGAAGUAGUUUGGUGUAUUUGGGAUGACCAUAUCAAUGUACUGUAUGUUGAUCUUUUAAUGAAGUGUCCGCUGCUUAGCCUCUUUCUCUAAUGUGC